AUGGCUGAAGGAGCGACAGCGAGCCGGGACGGGCGGGCGGAGCUGCGAGCGUUCCUGGGCCGGAAGCUUCAGCAGGCGUGGCCUUCCGUGGCGCCGGCUCCGGCGCCGGCUGCGGCGCGCUGGCUGGAUGCGGCGCUGGAGGCGCUGGAGGCGCUGGCGUCGGAGGAGCUGGGCGACGGUGCUUCGGAAAGAGAGUUGCGGCAGAGAAUCCGAGUGGUGGGCAUGCUGCUUGCAGAGGAGCUGGAAGAGCAGCCUGCCUGGGCGCGCGAAGCGGCGGCCUCUGCCGCGCCGUCCGCCAGCUUUUACGCGGGGCUGCAGGAGCUGCGGCGUCUGCAGCGGCAGAGGAAGGAGGCCUUCGCGGCUCAGGAGGCCAUCCACUCGGCGCUGCGCGCGCGCCAGCGCCUGGAGCUCAGUGAGGCGGAGCUGGAGGCCUACCGAAAGUCUGCGCCGGUGGUCGGCGGCAAGGCCUGGAGCCGUUCGACGGUGGACUGGGUGCUGCAGGAGCUGGAGACGGUGCGAUGUGUGACUCCAGGCCAUCUCGGCGACUUCCGUCUGCUGGACGUUGGCAGUAGCUACGGCGCGUUUCAUCACCUGAACGCGGUGGCCGUGGAUUUGGCCCCGGCGGCGGAGGGGGUGCUGAGGGGCGACUUCCUGCAAGUGGAGAUCCAGGACGCUGCCGCGGCGCCCUUCGUGGUGGAGCGGGGCGAGCUGCGGGCCCUGCGCGCGGAGAGUUUCGACGGCGCGGUGCUGAGCCUGGUGCUGUCCUUCCUGCCGACGCCCCCGUUGCGCCGGGAGAUGUUGGACCGGUGCUGGCGGGUGCUGCGUGCGGAUCCUGCGGGCAGUCUCUUCGUUGUGGAGAAGUCAUCGCUGGAGGACCAAAGGCGCAAGGACUUCCAAGCGGCGCUGGAGGCCGCUGGCUUCCGGAGCCUCAGGUACGCCGCCGUGGGGCGUCUACAAGGCGAAACCCGGCCGCACGCCCACGCCUGGCAUCUGCAAAAGACCGCCAUACCUGGCGCGCUGGGCGCAAGCGCGCUUUUGCCCGUCUUCAAGGAAAUCGAGCGGAGCCAGCGCAAGUUGAAGAGUUUGCCCAGCUCCGAGCUGGGAAGGAUGCUGCGACUUUGGCUGCUACUCGUCGGGGCUGGAGCCCAAGACUGGUCGGUGACGACGGAUGUGGAGUGCAUGGGGCCGGGCCCCAGCAGUGAUCCCAGCUACUACACUCUGCACAAUCCGAUCACCGCCGAGCAGGAUUGCAAGGACCUCUGCCUCGCGGACUCGGCAUGCGUUGGCAUCGAGUUCUCCUCGAUGUUCAUGAACUGCGAGGUGUGGACGUCGCCCAUCGACACCACGUUGCCGGGGGUGGGGUACAGCUGCUAUGUUUUGUUGCCGUCAACAACAACAUCUACAGCUUCCACCAGCAUGACGGCCACUUCUACCGCCACACAGACCACCUCAGAAACUAGCACCCAAACAUCGACGUUGACUUCAACCAUUUCCAGCACUUUGACCUUUACCAGCACUUGGACCUUUACAAGCACCUUGACGUUGACAAAUACGCAGACGGCAACUAGCACACUCACCAGCUCCGUGACUGCAACACUGACAACCAGCUUGACUGCCACGAGCACGAGCACGGCAACCUCAACAGCCACAGGCACCUUUACUACCACGGACACUGCAACUACAACAGCUACCGCUACAGUCACAGCAACCCGCACUGUCACCGAAACCUCCACAGCAACCGCCACGGCGACCACAACAGGCACAACAGCAGCAGCGACCACAGCAGCAGCGACCACAGUGACCACAACCACAGCAGCGGCGACCGCAGCAGCAGCGACCACAGUGACCACAACCACAGCAGCGGCGACCACAGCAGCAGCGACCACAGUGGCCACAACCACACCAGCAGCGACCGCAGAAGCAGCGACCAUGGUGGCCACAACCACAGCAGCAGCGACCGCAGUGGCCACAACCACGGCAGCCGCAGCCACAACUGUUGCCGGCACAACUGCCGCAACGGCAGCUACGACUGCAGCUUCCACAGUUUCAGUGGCGACCCUCGCCACAAGCACAACUUCUAGCCCCGCCGCGACGGGUACUUCACAGUCGGCUGAUGCAAGGACAGCAACUCUGUGCCUGCAGAAUGGCACCGACUGGCAGUGCCAAGAAACCACGUCUGAGUCGGAGGUCUCCUUGGCGGAGCGGGAGCUGGAGCUGCUGCGGAUGCUGGGCGACGCCGCCUAUGUGCUGCGUCGGGAGUCGGGGGAGGUGAUGUCCGCUCAGCGGCUGGCGCCGGGAGCGUCCAAUCUGACAGGCCGCAUCUUUGUCCCGGCGUCUUUUGUGAGCUCUCUAGGCUCAGGCGCUUUGGUGUCCACCGCCCUGGACCCCAACAAGACCUACCCGAGCCUUUCCACGGCGCAGCACGAGGGAGUGGCAGCGCUGCUGUCCAUUCGCGCAGGCGACUCCCUAGGCUUCGCAGAGGUUAAGGACCUCAAAGAGCCCAUCCUCUUCGCGUUGGUGGUGGAUGUAAACAGAGAAGCCCGAUGUGCAUACUGGGACGUGGAGGAGCAGAGAUGGUCCGACAAGGGCGUGGAGACCUUGGGCCGAGACGAGGAGGGGCGCUUGCUUUGCUCGUCCACCCACCUCACACUCUUCGCGGCCAUCAUGGGUGGCUUCAUCGAAGCCUUGCUCUGCUCCCAAGCCACGCUCCUGUCAGAGCAGGGACUGCGCGCCAUCCUGGAGACGGAGUGGUACCGGCGGCCGAAUGCCAAGCUGCUUUGGAUCAUGAUGGGCUUGCAGUCCCUGCUCAUGGCCUUGGCCUGCAUUUGCGAUCUCCGGCGCAGACGAGGCGGAUGGUCGGAUGAGAAUUUCGUGACGAGCAACCGGACCAUGGUCAAGGCUUCGGUGCAGUUUGCGAGGACCAAGCAGAAGACCAUGAUCGCCGGAGGCAAGACCAAGAGGAUCACCACCAAAGAUCUCGCCAACAUGAAGGAAAUGGUGCACGAGGGCUGCUGCGGCAGCCUGAAGGAGACAACCAUGAACUUCCUGGACACCGUGGGCUCUACCUGCGAGGCCUCCUUCUCCUACGUCCGAAACUUCCUGGUGUGCGCCUGGGAGACCACCUGGGAGCUGAUCUCACCGUCCGAAGGAAACACGCGCAAGGGCACGCUGCGGCGCAUCCUCGCGCGGCUGGUGGCCACCAGCAUCGAGCAUCAGGCGUGCACCUCUCUCUGGCGCUCCAAAGAGGAUGUCCGCUUCCUGCAGGAGGAGCACCGGAUGAGUGCCACGGGCUCCGCCACCCCUUCCACGCGGGCGCAGUCCAUGGCGAGCAAGGCCUGGUCCUCCGUGAAGUUUACGGGUCAGGAGUCCAGCGUCGAAGAGAGGAUUAGCUACUUGCAUCACAUUGUAGAGGACCGACUCGAGAGGCAGCACCAGCAGCUCAUGGAGACGGACGGGCGCGCGGCCUUCCUAGCCAAGACUGCCGGGGUGCUGUUCCUGUCCCAGGCCCCAUGGCUCACUGUCCUGCAGAGCAGCAUCUUCCGAAGCAGCUCCAUGGGCGCGGUGCUGCUGCUGAGUCGCAUCACCGGGGCCCUGGCGGUCACUGCGCUCUUCUGGCAAUCCUCCGCCGCCUCCAACGGCUCGAGCGCCAUCUGCCGACAGGACCUGGACAUGUGGGACUCCCUGGGGAAGUGCAUCGCAGUGGCUUUGGCCACCGUGUGCUUGGCAUCCAUCCCCGAGAUCCUGCUCUCGAAGCUGCACCAGCGGGAGUUCGUGGACUGCGAGGACGAAGAGAGACAGCUCAAGAAGUGGCGCCGAAAGGACAAGCUCCUCUGGUUCCUCUGUGUGAGCUACAUCAUCUUCUGCCUGAUCUUUGUGGCCUCCUUCCUGGCGAACGUGGCUGCAGCGGAUGCGAGGGACUGGGAGAUCACCGCGACCAUCGAGAUCCUGACUGAGCUGUUCCUGGUGCCGGUCUUUAUGACUCUGCUCUUCCUGUCAGUCACGGCCAUUUCCACACGCUGGAAGGAGGUCAUAGAGGAAAGCGGGGAGCACAUAGGCUGCGGCCUUUUGGAUCGGCAAACCUCAAUAAUACCUUCGAAGAGCAACCGCUCGCUGCGCCAGCAGCGGAUCCACAGCGAGCGCCAGCGCCAGCUGCGGCAGAUACAGCAGCAGGAGGUGUCCCUUCCUGGGCUUCUGCGCAGCAUGGACUCGGAUGCGCAGGUGAAGCAUGCUCAAUCCUCCAACAGCGACACUUUUGGGAAGGUGCUCAGCUGUGGUGACGGGGUGAUGUCGCAUGCAAAGAACUUCGCUGCUUGCGUAGGGCUGCGGGGCUCCGGUGGAGAGGCCUUCGGGGACGGGCCGAGACAGAGGCGACUUGGCCGGAGGCUGGCGCUCACGAAGUCGCCGGCGCCGGCUCGGGCGGCGAUCCCGGGGUUGGCGGUUUUUCAGCAGGCCUCGGCCAAGCGGCCGGGCGGCGCAGGUUGCCAAGGCGCGGAGAGCAGUUUGGCGCGGCGGGCGCUGGCCUGCGGCCUGGCCGCGGCCUUGCGAUGGAAGCGCUCGUCACGCGCUCGCGUGAGACACGCGCUGAGAGCAGGUGUGAAGGAGGAAGUGCUCGACAUGUCCAAGCUGGAGCAGCGCAUCAAGGACUUGCAGGGCCUGAAGGCGCGCGAGCUGCGGAGCCAGCUGGAUGCGCUGGGCAUCUCCACCAAGGGCUGCAUGGACCGAGAGUCUUUAGUGGAGCUGCUGGAGACGGAGGGCCGCAAGGUCCUGCUGAGCUCUCCUGAGCACGAGGCGCAAGCAGAGGCUCAGGCCACUCAGCGGCGCAUGGAGGAGCUCAGGGCGCUCAAGGCCCGGGACCUCCGGAAGCAGCUGAGCCAACUUGGCCUCGACACCGAGGGCUAUGUGGACAAGGAGUCCUUGCUCGAGCUGUUAGAAAGCCAGGGGCCAGAGGCCAUCCAACGCUUCGAUAGCCAGCCGCCGCAGCCGCAACAGCCACCGCCGCCGCAGCCGCAGCAACCGCCGCCGCAGUCGCAACAGCAACCGCCUCCUGCCUCAGAAGGGCAGAAGAAGCAGAACCCCUUCAAAGACGCCAAGCCUCCGCCGGUGGCCGCAGAGCCCCAGGCCGGGAUGGCCGAAUGCAAGAUCUUCCUGAUGAGAACGCUGCAGGACAAAGGAGUGAAGUCGGACUCCAAGCUGAUCACCAUCGAGCUGGAGGUAGGUUGCUCCCCCUUGCGCUUUGUGGUGGACACCUGCAGCUAUCACUCCAUCAUGAAGGAGGCCUUGGCCUCGAACCUGCACCAGGCCCGGCUCUGCGGGGAGCCCGACUGGGCCCGUGAGGAGGUUAAGGACGAUCCUGUGCUGACCUUGAACUUGGGCCUUGCCCGCAGCAACGCCAGUGCCAGAGAGGCCAACUCCGAGGACGAAAACUGCGCGCUUAGAGCAUGGCUCGCCCAGGAGCUGGAGCGUCAGAAUGCCGCUCUUUGCAAGCAUCUGGAUGCAGCCUUUGAUCGCCAGCUGAGAAGCCAAAGAAGCGCUCUCGAAAAGCUGGCGCUUCGCCUCGAACGGGACAACGGGAACGAGGACUUGCGCCUUGCAGGCCUCUCCUUCGUGCCGAGCUGCGUGCCCCCCGGGAGCCCCCCUCGGAUGGCGAAGCCCCCCGGCCUUGAGGAGGCUCCCGCCGCGGUGAGCAGCAAGCAAACCAGCGACGAUGGCACUGAUAGCUUAGCCUCCCUAGACACGGCGAUGAGAGCAGCCACAGAGCAGCGCCGGCCCUCCCGAAUGGAGAAGGCAUGGCAAGAAGCACAGGCGCAGGAGGCCUUGGAGGACCCGGCCAAAGAGAAGGAUGCGCUGGGCACCACCUACAACAAGCUGGUGACCCGUGUAGAGAUCGACUUCAAAGAGUCGGUCGUGGACGCGGUCGUGAGCUUUCUAGUGGUGCUCUACACCUUCAUCCUGCUGCUGCAGACCCAAUGGCGAGGCACCCAGGCCGCGGAGGUGUUGGGCUUUUUGGAGCCCGGCUCCGAGCACUGGCCCGGCGCGGAGAUGGCGUUUUUCAUCGUGGAUCAUAUCUUCAAUGCCAUCUUUGUGCUGGAAAUCGCCUGGCGGCUCUACCAGCACAAGAUGCAAUUCCUGUGCGACGUCUUCGGAAUUUUCGACUUUGCGGUGGUGAUCGCCACCAGCAUCGACGUAUAUGUACUGCAGCCCUUUGACGCUGGCUAUGCGCAGAACUUCGCCGUGGGCCGCCUGACCCGAAUCUUCCGCCUCAUGCGAAUCUUUAGGGUUUUGCGAGUGAUGCGCUUCGCCAAGAACUUGCAGCAGCUCCGACUGCUGGGUGAUGUUUUGUCCAAAUGCCUGAGCCCGCUGAUGUGGGCCUUGCUGGUGCUGGGUAUUAUCAUGGUGGGCACCGGCGUGCUGAUGUCGCAGCUCCUGGUGGAGUUCGUGCUGGACACUUCCCAAAUCCUGGAGCACCGCGAGUGGGUCUAUAUCUACUACGGGAACGCGCUGAAAGCCACGUACUCGGUCUUCGAAGCGACCUUCAGCGGUUCCUGGCCGCUGCUGGCCCGGCCCCUGAUCAACGAGGUCAGCGAAUGGUACGCGGUUUUCUGGAUCGCCUACCAGGUGGUCAUUGGCUUUGCCGUGAUGCGAGUGAUCGGCGCACUGUUCCUGAAUGAGACGAUUCGAGCCGCCAACUCCGACGGAGAGGCAGAGGUGAUGAGGAAGAUGAAAGAGAAGGAAGCCUUCAGUCAGAAGGUGUACCAAUUCUUCACUGCUGCUGACGCCUCAGGGGACGGCCGCCUGUCCUAUGAGGAGCUGGAGGCAGCGCUUCAGGAGCCGGGGGUGGAGGCCUGGCUCAAGGCCUUGGAGCUGGAGAUCCACGAGGCGUACACUCUGUUCAAUCUGCUGGACGACGAUAGCGACGGUGAAGUCUCCUAUGAAGAGUUCCUGCACAGCGCGCUGCGGCUCAAGGGCAAUGCGCGAGCCAUCGACUCCAUUAUGAUUAUGCACGAGCAGGUCAAGAUGAACGACCAGCUGAAGCGCAUCUCCGACAUUGUGAACGAGUCCUGUGUGGAGGCGCAGCAGAUCCGCGAACGGAUCCGAACCAACCUGCCGCCAGAUCAGAGGACUCAGACCAAGUCGACGCCGGCGGUGCUUGAUCCACCACAUCUACAUGCAAAUGGGGAACAUCGUCUCUCCAGCGAUCGCGGCUCCGGUGAGCAUAGGCGCAGCGCCGGCUUCGCGGAGCUCUUCCUGCCCCCGGAGGUAAGGAAAGCGCGGCUCGCGCGCAGGGCCUCGGAGUCCGCCGCGCGCGGCGCCCCCGCUACGGGCAUGGACUCUAGAAGCUUAGCCCAGGCUCCGGGGGUCGGCAUCAAGGAGGCCGUGAUUAGCAACGCCUGGAUGGCGGAUGGCAAGAUAGAGGUUGGCGAGGUGGUCAUCGCAACCAUCCCUGCGAGCCAGGAGCUGCCAGUGCCGGUGGGCUGCGCUGGGAUCUUGGGCCUGGACUUCCUGACGCUCUUCGACUGGGACUUCGACAUCAAAGGCUGCAAGGCGCGCAUCGCUACAGCUCCAAAGGACCGCAAGGCGCCUCUGCCCUUCGACACGACUGGGCUGGUGCCUGUGCCGAUGCUGAAGAUCCGCACGCCCAGCCGGGCGGAGCUCUACGCCUGCCAAGUGAAGCUGGCGGCUGCGGGCGACUGCCUCGAGGACGAGAAGGUGAAGUUCAUCCAGGGCUUCCCGGACUUGGCAUUGCAAGCCUGA